UCAGACUCCGUUUGCACUCGAGUAUGUUCGAGUCUUCGAGAAUACGCGGAGGCGAUACGUCAGCCACUUUCCUCAACGUACCUAACUUUGGACGUGCUAUUUUACAGUAAAAGAGAAGAAUUUCAGUUGAAUUUGGAUCAAAAUUGCUCGAAAGUGGAUCACCAAAGUUUGAAAAUUAAUACUGUUUAUAAACACACAGCAACAAAAUACCUGUAUACAAGAGAAUAAAAAAUAACAAGAGAGUCUAGAAUGAAGAUUCCAGUUCUUUUCAAUGUUAUGGAAUGAUUGCUCGUCGUAGAAGAACAAGAUCUGGCGAAUAUACAGAUAGAGGAAUCAUAUUGGAGAAAGAAAAUUUCGAUUUGAAUAUUGAUACAAUGUCAUCCUGUCGAGAUCGCACAGCUGAGUUUACGUCGGCAGUUCGAUUGCUACAAUCGCGACAUGGAACUCAUAACAGAAAUUCUCUCAGUAAGCAUAGGAUAAAUGGUGUUGUUCGAAGCCGGUUUAGUGAAAUUUCCAAACAGAUUGGUCAUGACAUUUCAAAUACAUACACUAAACUUGAGAAACUCACCCUGUUGGCCAAGAAAAAAUCAUUAUUUGAUGACAGACCAGUUGAAAUUCAAGAGCUGACAUACAUAAUAAAACAGGACAUCAAUCAUUUGAAUCAACAACUUGCUCAGUUACAACAGUUGGUUCAGGGUAACCAAAGUCAAAGUAAAAAUGUUCAGACACAUUCACAGUCUGUAGUGAUUGCAUUACAAACAAAAUUAGCAAAUAUGUCACAAAGUUUCAAGUCUGUUUUGGAAGUUCGCACAGAGAAUCUUAAGCAUCAAAAACAACGAAGAGAAAAAUUUUCCCAAGGACCCAGUCCCGAAACAUUAGCUGUAGCAUCUAUCAAAAAUGGAUCAGUCUUAAAGAAAGCAGAUGCUGCCAAAAGUACUGCUGGAAAUCAAGCUGUGGCCAUUGAUAUGAGUCACAUUCAAAAUCAACAAUAUCAAGACCAGAUAUAUGAAGAACAGAAUAACUACAUACAAUCUCGUGCUACAGCUAUGGAAAGCAUUGAGUCAACCAUUGUAGAACUAGGAGGAAUAUUUCAACAAUUGGCUAACAUGGUAAAAAUACAAGAAGAGCAAGUUCAAAGAAUUGAUGCAAAUGUAGAAGAAACAGAAGCAAACAUUGAAAGUGCUCAUGGAGAACUUUUGAAAUACUUCAGUUCAGUGUCAUCAAACCGCUGGCUUAUAAUCAAGAUAUUCUUUAUCUUAAUCAUAUUUUUUAUCGUGUUUGUUGUAUUCAUGGUUUAAAUUCAAGAAAAUUAUAAUCACAUAUUCCAAAUAAAUGUAAAGUAAUAUUCCACCUAUUCAGUAAACAUAGUAACCUUUUGAUCA